AUGCCGCCAACCCGCUCGAUGCAGAUCUCCCAUGGCAAACCUACUCCUUCUCCGACCCACACACAUCUAGCUCCUCCGCCUCCUAAUCCCAGAAUCCCGUCUCCUAGUACAAAUAACGUAGAGCAGGCAGCUGGAGGCAUCACCUAUGGUACCGGAUGCGGUACAAACGCCUGGUGGAUGCCCAUCCGGGCAGUCUCAAACGCUAUUACCACCUCCAGGUCAAAGUCGGCAAGCUACAGUGGUGCAGAAGACGUAGACGAGCUGGAGGAAGGUUUUAGGGCUGAAGGUGGUCAAGAGAUAGCCCCAAACCCUCUUCCUCAGGAUCCAGAGGACGUAGAGAUGGUCCCUCUCUCGACUCGUCCACAGCUCCGGAAACUAGAUAGCCACGGGAGGCUGGUUUGGCCACACGAGUUAGAAGCCGUUCUUAUUGCCGGCCUUCGAAAGUAUCAUCCGACGACAUAUCGUCCACGCCCAUCUGCCUAUCGCAAUUUCAACAGGAACAAGCUAGUCUCUCAGUACAUCAAGUCUGUCACCGGUCUCGAGCGUACGCCAAAGCAAAUUGCAAGUCGAAUUCAGGUCCUUCGAGAGACUUGGAGAGAUACUAAGCAGUUUGCGCUCGUUGCUCAACCCCGCGAAUUGAGCGAUAUGGGCUAUUUGCCGCCUUUGGACGAUGGCAAAGCCACAAGCGUUCCCACCAAGUCGCACCCGGAUGUUCACGAGCUUCUGAGCACGGAAGUUGGCGAACCCAGCCCGGAUCCAGCGCGGAAAGGGCGUCAGACCAAGAAGAAGAAGCUGAAAGAUUCGAAUCCAGCAGCUGAUGACGCCGAGUCGACCACCCUUCCAACAAACCUGGACGCUUCACCCAAUGUCGGAAGCCUUUCAGCACGUCAUGUCAUCAAUCAACAGCAACUGCUCGCUCCGACCGCCCAUGUAACUCCCAAGGCGCACUUGGACAGUAGAGAAAGGCUCCUUCCCUCCAUGAUAUCCGAGGCUGACGACCAAACCCUUCGUGGUCCGACCCACCGUCAAGGAAUAUAUGUGGCAGACGAGACUGCCUCUCUUCUUCCCCUAACGAAGAAGACGAUACCAUGCAUUGUCAUGAUCAAUAGCCAGAGUCUCCCCGCUGGCCGCCUACCCGUCAUCGACCCAUCCGAUCUACGGGUUCUCGGAGAAGCUGUCCAAGUUCAAGAGCUACCAUCGUCACUACCAGACGCAGCAGUAGCUCAUUUACAGCAGCAGCUCGACAGAGGUCAAGAGGUCAAAACCAUUCUUGUUAUGGACGCCCUCCCUCGUUCGUAUGUUUCCUUCACAUCAAAAGGUACAUUCGUCGAAGUGGAGAACCGAAUCGAGAUUGAAAUCUCAUCGGCGUCGGUUCAGACGGCGAUAGACGCCUUUGGUGAAAGCAGUAUUCGGCAAUCGAAAUUGGGCAGCGGAUUUCAUAUCCUUCAGGAUUCCUUUAUGUAUACUCCCGAAUCUUCGAUGGGAACCAGGGUCGGAACCGACAUGGUCAAGAACGCCACCUUUGUCAAGACUGAGCUCAAGCCAUGCGCUGACGGGGAUAUCAAGCACCGAUUCUAUCUACGUCCACCAUCCGCAGCAUACGAUGCGAUGAAAGGUGCUGGUGAUUAUUGCAUCGUCGUUCAUAGCGUCUCUCUGCUUCGAAAGGCUGAUAGCCGUCAAAUCGACACUUUUGUUGUGAUAUGGCUCAUCCAAUCUGGUUCCGACAAGUCGACGAUGCGUCGCAGCAUUGUGUCGCUCAAACGCACAGAGCCCGAACCAACAAAGCCUACUCAUAUGGUGACAAGACGAUCCCGGCGCCGCCAGCCUUUUUCUCCGUACGAACGUGACGGAAGACUGCGUUCUUCAACUUCAGUCGCCCAUGCAGCUUAUGUGCAAGAGGACCCACCAUCCUCUGGACUCUUGCCGACUAUUGCUGAAACAGGAGCCCGUGUCGAGUCACCUGAGGUUUCUCUUUCCGAUAGAGAGGUCGCCACAGGUAAUGGAAAUCAAGAGCAGGAUCCCGCACCGAUGCCCUUGAUCAUCGACGGUCUCGACAGCGAACGUCCAAGUGCUUUAGGGGAAAAUACAGGUGUGGACAAGGAUCUCCAGGACGCUCCAAACGCUGCCAAACCCAUUGUUGAAAAAGCUACGCGGUCGGUGGUGUUACCCACUGUUUCACCUGCACCACCCUCCCAACUCCCUUCCACACGGCCUGAGAAGUAUACUCGUGCUCUUCACGUCAAUUAUGUGGAUGAGACGGUAACCAACUCUCCACCUACUCUCUGGGAGCGGACGCUGAGUGCAGCGGGAGUUCAACCCCAUCAAAUGGCGCCGCUACCAGCCGCCAUUCCUGCGGCGCUUGAGAAUAGAGCAGCAGCAGACCGGUCCCACUGGAUACCGUGCCGACAUGUGCGCUAUCUUCUUCAUGCACUGGCCCACCACACCUCCACGUCUCGACGACGCUCUUCGAUCCAUGCAACGCUACCAACUCCUUCAUCCGUAUCACCUUAUGUGGCUACACCGACUUCGGGUUAUCCGAAGGAAGGCGAGAGCCCAGGUGGACACGUCUAUGGAUGGCCCUCUCAAUCCAUACGUAGUGGACGCGAUUCGCUCAACGUCCAUCAUCCAACUUAUGUUGAGAACAAUGGCGCAUCAUAUGCGUGGGCUGCUAUGCCCCCAUAUAGCGUUCAAUUGACAAACCCACCCAUCAAUUACGCUCAGCCUCUAUAUUACGAGCCGCAUGGAGCCGAAGGUGUCGAGAAAAGAGAAACCACGGUCAUCCACCAGGCUGUUGAUGAUUCGUAUUCGACUACCCUAGUUCCUCAACAUGACUGGAGCUCGUCGUCCGAUGUCCCGGCACCUGCCGUCAAUGUAGAGCCCGACACCGAAUGCUCAUCACCUCAAAACACCGAGGCAUUCAACGAGUCCCGACGAUCGUCUGUCGCGUCAACCUGGAUGUUCACACCACAACACGCCCCUAGUCUUUACCAAUAUGCCCAACAACCCCAAUAUCGUGCGUUUGAAUCUCUUGGACAGCUUGUAGCCCUGUCACACACGUCACCUAUCGACGUCCAUGCACCCCAAUACUACCACCACCCAGGCAUUUUGCACCACGCAGUCAUCACUACGCCAGCUACGACCUCCACGGUGGACACUCAAGCUCCUGAUAAGAUUACUCCCGUACCUACUCCCAGCUACUCGGGACAAUAUUUGCCCUUGUACGCAGGCGCGGAGUACACCGUUCGGCAUUCCUAUCCUGAGGCACCACAUUAUGCGGAAAUGAACACAUACUAUCCCUCCAACUUGGCGACCUUGGAUGGGUAG